AUGCCAAGACAACGAAAAAGACCAAAUCCAACUCCUUCUCCUCAACAACAAAAUGAAGGAAAAACCUGGCUUCAUAACUAUAUUGAAAAUUCUCCUUAUACAGGUGCAUUAAGAGAACGAUUAGGAUUAUCAAAUGAAGAAUUAGAAAUAAGUAUUGAGUCAUUAGUUGAAAUGAACCCUGAUGAAAUGGCAUUACAAAUGUCUCUAUUUGAAGUAUAUGGUGAUGAUUCUUUUGAAUUUAUAUCUGGUAUUAUUCAGAACUUACCAGCCAUUUUAAGUCAUCAAAUAAUAAAUCAACCAAAACAACCAAAACGACAAAAAACACCAAAACCUACUGACCAAAUUUCGUACACUCCACCAAAACAGAUAAAUAAACCUGUUAUUCCAAAAAAUGCCAUUGAAAGAAAUCUUCCUGAUAGAUAUGAAUUAUAUAUCCCUGCUGUUCCUUCUGCUAGAAGUCUUAACACAGAACGGUUGGAAGUUAAAAAUAUUUUAGAUGAUUAUACUAGACCUGCUAUGUUAAAUUAUACUCAUUUAAAUUAUGUACAAAGUAAAGUAUAUGAAACUGCUUAUAACACUGGAGAAAAUAUGUUAGUUUGUGCACCAACUGGUUGUGGUAAAACAUUAACAGCUUUAUUGUGUAUGUUAAGAGAAGUUAAAAUGCAUCAACAUGAUAUGGAACAUUUAAAAAUUGUUUAUAUCUCUCCAUUAAAGGCACUUGCUACAGAAAUGACAACAACUUUUAAAAAACAUUUGAUUUGUUUCAAAAUGAGAGUUGAAGAAGUAACUGGAGAUACUAACAUUUCAAAAGCAGCCAUUGCAAGUACUCAUGUUAUUGUAGCAACACCAGAAAAAUUUGAUGUGUUAACACGAAAACAAGAUGCAGAAUUUGUAAAUGAUAUUCAACUACUUAUUGUUGAUGAAGUUCAUUUAUUGGAUGAAGACAGAGGAGCUGUUAUUGAAACAAUUGUUGCAAGAACAUUAAGAAUGGUUGAAAGUCAACAAAGACCAAUUCGUGUUGUAGGAUUAUCAGCUACAUUACCAAAUUAUCAAGAUGUAGGAGAAUUUAUUAGAGCUAAGCCCGAAAAUAUAUUUCAUUUUGAUAUGAGUUAUAGAGCAGUUCCAAUGUCUACUAAAUUUAUUGUUUUACCUGAAGACGAAAAAGAGAAUAAAGGUCAACAAUUCACUCAGCACGCUACUGAUUUAGCUUAUGACGAAGCAGAGAUUGUAGUAAAAAGAGGAAAACAAGUUAUUGUAUUUGUUCACACAAGAAGAGAAACAGUAUUAACUGCACAAAGAUUUAUUAGAAGAAUGAAAGAAAAAGGAGCUACAGAAUAUUUUACUGGAAAUAAAGGUAGAGAAUUUGCAACAAGAAUAAAAAAAUUACAAGGGAAAGAUAUUAAGGAAUUAUUAGAAAUGGGAAUUGGUGUACAUAAUGCUGGAAUGUUUAGGUCAGAUAGAACAUUUAUUGAAGAUGCAUUUAGAAAUGGUUCUUUAAAAGUUCUUGUUUCAACUGCUACAUUAGCGUGGGGAGUUAAUUUACCAGCCCAUACUGUUAUUAUUAGAGGGACUGAAGUAUUUAAUAGUGAUAAAGGGUGUUCUGAUAAAAUUUCAAUAUUAGAUGUUCUUCAAAUGUUUGGAAGAGCAGGAAGACCACAAUAUGAUAGUGAAGGUGCAGGUAUUAUUAUUACUGAUAAAGAAGGAUUAAAAAAGUAUAUGGCUAUUCUUGGUAAUAUGGGUAAAAUUAAAUCAACAUUAAUGAAUGGAUUAGCUGAUCAUUUAAAUGCAGAAAUAGUCUCUGGAACUGUUACUAAUUUAGAGGAGGCAUUACAAUGGUUCCAAUAUACUUAUUUAUAUGUUUGUUUAAAACAGAGUCCUGGAGGAAUAUCAUAUGAUGAUCUUAAUUCAUUAAUUGGAGGUACUGCCAAAUCAUUAGAGAAAAUUCAAAUGAUAACUAUUAACGAUGAAACUAUAACAUUUUCACCAACAUUACUUGGAAGAAUUGCAUCUCAUUAUUAUGUUACAGUUGAAUCAAUGUAUAUUUUUUCAGAGAAGUUACAUGAAGGAAUGCAAAUGCCACAAUUACUUGAUCUUAUUUGUUCAUCAAAUGAAUUAAAACAAUUACAAAAAAUGAGAGAAGAAGAAAAACAAGAAAUGGAAACACUUGCUAAUUCUGUUAGAUGGCCAUUAUCAUCAACAAAUGAUUUGGCUUCUAAUAAAGCAAACAUUCUUAUUCAAGCAAGUUUAUCUCAUAUAACACUAAUUAAUUAUACCUUAAUGUCUGAAACUUUAUAUGCAAAUCAAAAUGCUUCAAGAGUUACUCGUGCUUUAUUUGAAUUAGCAUGUAUAAGAGGAUUAUCACGUGAAGCAAUGAAUUUAUUAGAAAUAGCAAAGAUGAUAGAUCAACAAAAUUGGGAUACAGUUCAUCCAUUAUUUCAAUUUAAAACUCUUCCUGUUCAAGUAUUACUUAAAUUACAACAACGAAAACUUGAUAUUGACACUAUUUGUGAAAUGGACAAAACUGAGUUUAUUGAUUUUCCACAAUAUGCAACAGAUGUUAUAAGACAAGCUCAUGAAUAUCCAUAUCUUGUAUUAGAAACUACUUGUGUCCCAUUAACAGCAACAGUAUUACAAAUGAAAGUUCAUAUUCAUCCAACAUUUAGAUGGGGAAAUGAUUUAGGAACAAUAGAAAAUUUUUGGUUAUUUAUUAGUGAUAAUAACUAUAACCAAUUAUUUUAUUUUGAAAGUUUUAAUCUUUCAGAGAAAAAAAUUGAUGAUUAUAAUGGAACUGGUAUUCCUAUUGAAAUUAUUGCUACUGUUCCAGUUGUUUCUGGUAUUCAAUAUAUGGUUGAUGUAGUUUCAGAUAAAUAUUUUGCUUGUAUUUCUAACUUCCCUGUUCAAUUUGAUGAAAGUACCUUACCGACAGAUGAGUCUUAUAUGACAAAACUCUUACGAUUACAUCCUUUACCAACAACAGCAUUAAAACAAUACCAAACAUUCUUUAAUUUCCAUUAUUUUAAUCCACCACAAACACAAUUUUUCUUUAUUUGUUUUAAUACAAAUAAAAAUGUUAUUGUUGGAGCACCAACUGGUUCAGGAAAAACAGUUGCAGCUGAACUUUGUAUGUUAAAAAUUUUUAGAGAUACUCCAGAUAAAAAAGUAGUAUAUAUUGCACCAAUGAAAGCAUUAGUAAAAGAAAAAAUGAGUGAUUGGAAAGAUAAAUUAAUAACAAUGGGAAAGAAUAUUGUAGAACUUACGGGUGAUUUUACACCAGAUAGUGCUGCAAUUGCAAAGGCAGAUGUUAUCUUAACAACACCAGAAAAAUGGGAUGGUAUUACUAGAUUAUGGACAAAGAAAAGUUAUGUACAAAAAGUAGGUUUAGUUAUUUUAGAUGAAGUUCAUUUACUUGGAGAAGAAAGAGGACCAGUAAUUGAGGCUAUUGUUACUAGAACUAAACAAAUAAAUAAAAAGUUAGGUAUUCAAACUCGAAUUUGUGCAUUAACUACUGCUAUUGCUAAUGUUGAUGAUAUGAUGAAUUGGAUAGGAGUAGAUAAAGACUCUGUAUUUAAUUUCCAUUCAUCACUUCGUCCAGUUCCAUUAAUUGCACAUAUUGAUGGGUUCCCUACAAAAGCAUAUUGUCCAAGAAUGGCAACAAUGAACAAACCAUGUUAUCAAGCUAUUAGAUUACAUUCACCAGAUAAACCAGUAAUGAUAUUUGUUUCUUCAAGAAGACAAACUCGACUUACUGCACAAGAUUUAGUAAAAUUCUGUUUUAAUGAUGGAAAUCCUCAAAAAUUCCUUCAUAUGCCAUUUGAAGAAAUGAGUGAAAUUACUAAAAAUAUCACUGAUGGUAUAUUAAAAGAAUGUUUGUUAUAUGGAAUUGGUAUGCAUCAUGCUGGUUUAAAUGAUCAUGAUAGAGAAAUAACAGAAAAAUUAUUUAAAUCUAAUAAAAUUCAAAUAUUAAUUACUACAGCAACAUUAGCUUGGGGCGUUAAUUUACCAGCACAUCUUGUUAUUAUAAAAGGAACAGAGUAUUUUGAUGGUAAAAAGCAUCAGUUUGUUGAUAUGCCAUUAACAGAUGUCCUUCAAAUGAUGGGAAGAGCAGGAAGACCACAAUAUGAUAAUGAAGGAGUAGCCGUUAUCUUAACAUAUGAACCUAAAAAAGAUUUUUUGAGAAAAUUUUUGUUUGAACCAUUCCCAUUAGAAAGUUAUUUUGAAACAGUUAUGGCUGAUCAAUUGAAUGCAGAAAUUGCUGUUGGUAAUGUUACAAAUGUUAAAGAAGCUGUAAAAUUUUUAACAUUUACAUAUUAUUUUAGAAGAUUAUUAAAGAAUCCUAAUUAUUAUGGAUAUGAUGGAAAAGAACAAAUUGGUAAAUUCCUUGUUUCUAAAGUUAAAGAUGCGUUAAAUGAAUUGGUUAGUGCUAAAUGUAUUGAAAUGGAUGAAAAUGAUGUUGAAACAACUACAAAUGGAAGAUUAUCAACUAUGUAUUAUAUUAGUUAUAGAACUAUUAAAAUGUUUGCUACUCGAAUGAAAAAAGAUUUAAAUCAUGCUCAAAUAUUACAAAUUAUUUCAGAUGCAGCAGAAUAUAAUAAUCAUCCAGUAAGACACGAAGAUGAUAUUCAUUGUAAAAAUUUAGCAAAGAAAGUUAAAUAUGGUAAUUUAAGACAAUCAUACGAUGAUCCACAUACAAAAGUAUUCUUAUUACUUAGUGCUUAUUUUGGAGAGAAUACAUUACCUAUUGUUGAUUUUGUAUUAGAUACAAAAAGUGUGUUAGAUCAAUGUAUUCGUAUUCUUCAAGCUUUUAUUGAUAGUGUUGCAGAAAAAGGCUGGACAGAAGUUGUUAUUCGUUCAAUAGAAAUACUUCAAAUGGUUGGAAGUGGAAGAUGGAUUGAUGAAUCACCAUUUUUAACAUUAAUUGGAGUACAUCAAAAAGCAGUAAAACAAUUUGAGAAUGAAGGUAUUAGUUGUUUACCUCAAUUAUUAGUUACACCUAAAGAAAAAAUUGAACGAAUUGCAAGAAAAGCUGGAAUAUAUGGUAAGCAAGUUAGUCAUUUAUUACUUCAAAUAAGUAAAUUCCCAAGAAUAAAUGUUUUUAUUAAACCGAUAAAUAAUAUUCAUCUUGAUGAUAAAGUAUUUGAUAUAACUAUUUCAUUAAAGAGAAUUAAUGAUAAUUUGAAUUAUGCCUUCUUACCAAGAUUCCCAAAAACUAAACAAGAAGGUUGGUAUUUAAUUAUUAUUAAACCAGAUGGUGGAUUAGCUGCAAUGAAACGAAUUAGUUUAAAGAGGAAUAGUACAAUAUCUUUAAUGUGUGUAUGUCCUUUAUUCCCAGGAGAAUUUACAUAUAAAGUUUUAUUAUUAUCUGAUUGUUAUAUUGGUUUAGACCAACAAUAUGAUCUUCCAAUAACAUUUGUCUAA